CUUCGGAUAGAGGAAAAUUAUAUCAGGCCUACCUCUUUUAAAUAAAAAAUGUAUUUAAUUUCCAGAAAUAUUUUACUCUGUCGCCGGCAGCAACGUCUGCACCAAUUGGGCAAACAAACGUUGAUUAAUAUUUGUGCAAAAUCAACGAAACAAGAGCCGCUACAUAAAUUGGACAUCAGCCCUAUUGACGCCGAUACCGUUCCGGCAACAACAGCAGCAGUUUGUAGUCACAUCAUGAGUGGGCGGUAUCGUGGUAGAGGCGGCGGUGGGCACUAUGGAGGUGGUGGUGGGGGUGGAGGUGGCAAUGGAGGCUACGGCGGUGGCUAUAACGACAAUUUUGACAAUUAUCGCGGCGGCGGUGGAGGUGGAGGCUUUAAUGACAAUUUCGGCCCUGGGCCGAAUCCCUUCAACAUGGGCCCGAACAUUUCUGGCAACGAAUUGAUGCAGCUAAUGAGUGCCAUGGCAAGUAACUUCAGCAUGAAUUCACAGCCACCACAACCGAUGCGUCAGAGCUGUGGCGAGCUGCGUAAUCAUCACUGUGGCAUGUUUGUAGAGCUCUCAGGCCGUUUAAUUAAGAAGCGCGUAAAUCGCUUUGCCGAGCUACGUGAUCGCAACGGCGGCGCCUGUCAGCUGGUGGUGCUGGAGGAUAAGCAUCCACGUGUGGCGCGUCGCAUGAAUAACAUGCCAGAGAAUACAACAUUAACUAUUGUGGGCCAAGUGAUGAGAAGGCCCCAUAAUUCGUGCAAUCAAACAAUGCCCACUGGUGAAGUUGAGGUGGAAGUGCAGGAUAUACUAAGCAUACACUUUCCAGCGAGCGGCACCAAGCGCGCGGGAGACAAACGCACCUACAGCACCUACAGCACCAUGGCGCAGCAACAGAGCAAUCUGGGCAUAACCAGCACGGAGUAUAAGAUUGCAAAGAAUGAAAACAUUUUGAAAUAUUUUGAAAAUCGUGAUCUGACCUGCAAUGAUUUGCGGCGCGAGGAUGUAGGCAAGACAGUAACGCUUGUGGGUUGGAUACCUUCAGCCAAGAACAAUAAGUUCUUGCAGCUAAAGGAUGGCUAUGGGCAGACGCAGCUUAUGAUCAAUGAUACAGCGCUAAUGGACACAUUUUUGUCUACACCCGAGGCGACAGUGGUGCAAAUUGUGGGGAAAGUGCUCGGCAGGCCAAAGGCAAACAUUAAUUUGAAAUAUGAAACGGGUGAGGUAGAAGUAAGCGUUACCAACGUCAAGGUCUUGAACCCCGAUGAUCCCUAUGAAGGACCUUUAAAGGUCAAGGAAAAGCUGCAAAAGCUUUCCAUAGAUGAUUUGGAGGCUGAGGAGGCAGCUGCUGCUGCUGGCAGUAAUGCCAACAACGGUGAUAAUGCUGCGGAUGGCAGCGAUGCUCGUGUACCAACUGCUACACAAACAUCGGAUGAAUCGAAGCGGCAACGCAAGGUGGCGGACAUUAAUAAAUUUGCAGAUCGCACGCACCAUUGUGGGGAACUGACGUCCAAUGAAAUCAAUGAGAAGGUUGUCAUCUGUGGCUGGCUGGAGUUUCAACGCAUGAACAAGUUCUUUAUACUACGCGAUGCCUACGGACAGACGCAGGUGCUUAUUUUGAAUAGGACCAAGGGUCUGGAGGAUUUCGCAGAGACAGGCGUGCCUAUUGAGUCUAUUGUGCGCGUGGAGGGCACUGUUAUUCCACGUCCGGCGGCUACCGUUAACCCAAAAAUGCAUACUGGCUAUGUGGAAAUUGAGGCCGACAAAAUCGACAUAUUAAAUUCAGCUAAAAAGAAUCUGCCCUUCGAGAUACGCAAGUUUAAUCGAGCUGGCGAGCGUUUGCGCUUGACUCAUCGCUAUUUGGACUUGAGAUUCAACGAUAUGCAACACAAUCUGCGCUUGCGCUCUCAAGUUAUUAUGCGCAUGCGUGAAUAUUUGAUAAACUACUUGGGCUUUGUCGAAGUGGAGACUCCAACGCUGUUUCGUCGCACGCCUGGCGGCGCACAGGAGUUUGUGGUGCCCACACGCAAAGCUGGACACUUUUAUUCACUUGUGCAGAGUCCGCAGCAAUUCAAACAGAUGCUCAUGUCCGGCAGCAUCGAUCGCUAUUUUCAGGUAGCGCGUUGCUAUCGCGAUGAGGCCACGCGCCCGGAUCGUCAGCCCGAGUUUACGCAGCUGGACAUUGAGCUGUCCUUUACCAGCAGGCAUGACAUUAUGCAGCUGAUUGAGGAAACGCUGCGCUACUCGUGGCCCAAGCAUCUAGGUAAAUUGCAGACGCCUUUCCGUCGUAUUACCUACGAGGAGGCCAUGGAGAAAUACGGCUGCGACAAGCCGGACACGAGAUUUGGCUUUCUGCUCAACAAUGUCACAGAAAUUAUCGAGAAGAGCGAGAACUUCAAAGAGAAAUGCGAAGAUUUCAGCGCUUAUGCUAUUGUGGUGCGUGCUAGCGAAGCCUUUUGGAAUGGAGCAGCAAGAAAGCAUUACGAGAGCUUGAGCAAAUCCUUUCCAGGCACGCUGUUUGUGCGCAAGUUUAAUAUAAACAAGGAUGUGCAGGAGCGUCUCACAAAGCUGCUGGGCUUGGAUGUGGCGAAUGAAGUUAUUGAAAAGUUUGAUCUGGAGGAGAAUGACUUGCUGUUUCUAUGCAUAGGCUCCAAGACGGAAGCGCGCAACUGUUUGGGUCGCAUACGUUUGGACUAUCACGAGUUUCUGGUGGAGAAUGCCAAGGCCAAGAAGAUUAACGACUAUCGUUUUCUUUGGGUUAUUGACUUUCCACUCUUUGAACGCAACAGACAGACCAAGCAGCUGGAGAGCGUGCAUCAUCCAUUUACGGCGCCACUGGUUGAGGAUUUGGACAAGUUUGCCACCAGCUGUGAUAAUCUGGAAACCAUACGCUCCGAGGCCUACGAUUUGGUAUUGAAUGGUCAGGAGGUUGGCGGCGGUUCCAUGCGCAUACACGAUCGUGAUAUGCAGCAUUUCAUCUUGGAGCAAGUGCUAAAGAUUCCUCACGAUCACUUGUCACAUUUGCUGAGUGCGCUGGAAUCGGGUUGCCCACCACAUGGCGGCAUUGCCUUGGGUUUGGAUCGCCUCAUAGCCCUCAUGUGCCGUGCGCGUUCCAUACGCGAUGUGAUUGCAUUCCCCAAGUCGUUGAAUGGACGUGAUCCGCUCUCAAAUGCGCCGGUGCCCAUAUCGGAUGACGAAAUGAAGCUCUAUCAUAUUUCAGUAACGGAGGCGGAGGAAGAGGAUGAGGAGGCGACUGCCAGCACAAAUAUUUCAGCGCAGGAGGAUGAUGAUCCGGAUGCAGUGCGUGCGCCGCCAUCACCCAUGUCUGGCACCAGCGACAACGAGCAGGCGGGCAUGGAUGUGGACAUCAAAACAGAGCCGCUGGAUGAGGCGACAACAAAAAGAGCAAAGUCACCAUCGCCAGCAAAAUCACAAUCACCAACAUCAACAGCAACAGCAGCAGCAACUGCAACCUCGGAAGAGUUGUCAGCGGUUGUUACAAAAACAGAAGCCCCCGCAGAAACGCCAGAGUCACCCGAUUCGCCUGCUACGUCUGCUUCGCCUGUUACGCCAGUGCCACGCCCCAAACGUCAGGUUAAGAAGAAGGUGUAAGCCCAUGGCGCAGCAUUAAGCAUUUAAUUCCUAAGCUCAAAGAGAUGUGCGGAGAAUGUGAGUGUCGGGUUGGAAGCCAAGGUCAAUAAGUCCAGUAAUUGGACGCAAUGCAAACAUAAGGGGACACUGCUGCUGGUGUCGUGUGUGUGGUUUUAUUUAUAACAUUUUCCUAUCCCCCUAUCCAUGCUAAACAUUACCCACAUGCAACUAUGCCCACUCUAUGCCCCAUCAAGUCAAAUUUUAAUUAUAUGGCAAUUUAUUACAAUUUAUAAUAUUAUAUACCUUAUUAUACAACAACAAUAACAA